GCACGACCACAGCACACACGACUCAGCCAGACACCCAGAAACUCCACACAAUACCGCCAUAAUGCCCAUCUCCAAGAAGGACCGCAUCCAACGCGAGCACAAGAAAGCUGAUAAGGCCGGCACACGUGCACCCGUCAAGGCCAACGGCUUGCCAGUCAAGGCACCAAAGCCGACAUCCAUCUGCCAGAACUGUCGCCGCGAGAUCGUCAACACCAACAAGGUCCAGCUCGAAGCCCAUGCUCAGAGCCAUGACCAGACCCUGUGGCCCAAGGAGAAGUGCUGGCCCAACGACUUUUGAGGGAGUGGAGUGAGCAUGGCAUGGCAUGGCAUAUAUGCAAGGGCGCAGGACAAGCAGACGCGGAGACACGAUUAUGAUACCCGAAUGAUGAUUAUAGAGGCACAAUAGCCAUGUACGGCCGAAUGAAGGUGCUUUUCAAACACAACUGCCACUGUAAUGCGCGGAAGUGUGCGCGGCACCUUGGGAGUCGUUUCGCCUAACAACUGCCUCGAGCCAUCAACCUUC